UGUCUCGCGGUUCAUCGAUCAGUGUGGUGUGUGUCGCGUUGUUGCUCCGGUGGAUUUUUUUGGUGGUUUGUUCCUGCCUUGGACGUGUACGCGUACCUCUUUCGUUUGGGUUUCUCGAGCGGGGAACGCGCGCGCGGUGUCGAUCGAGGCAGGGGGCUCGUGAAUGGGCCCAACGGCAACCAGAGAGGACAAAAUGCAACCGAGGAUAUACUGGAUUCUGAUCAGUACGGCCGUCAUUCUCGCGGGAUGCAACGCCGCUACCGAGAAGGAGCAAAGCGAGAAAGAGAGGACGGCGGGAGGAAGUUCGACGUACAACACCAUUUCGGACGAUCUCUACCUAGACGACCAGGAACCUCUGGAGGGCUCUGGUCGAGGUGGCAACGAGGGUCGCGACGACCUUGAAGCAUCCGGUAGCGGCCUUGGCCCCGACGACGAGGACGGCGACGACGAUCACGACUUCAACAACAACAACAGGAUAGACCCAGUGGCCAACAGGCCAACAGAACCGGACACGCCAUACUCGGUCGAUGAGCCGGUUGUCAAGACCAAGGAACAGACCAUCCUGGAGACUGUAAACCGACCCGACAACGAGGUCGAUGUAAUCAAGCCCUCAGGUGUCGACGACGACCACUCGAGCAACACAGACGUCUACAUGAAUCCGAAACACGAGGACCGCGCCAGCUCCUUCUUCGCUCAGCCAGGCGUGCUGGCAGCGGUGAUCGGCGGCGCAGUGGUCGGCCUGCUAUGCGCGAUCCUGGUGGUGAUGUUCAUCGUGUACAGGAUGCGCAAGAAGGACGAGGGCUCGUACGCGCUGGACGAGCCGAGGAGAUCGCCGGCGGCGCAGGCGUUCCCGAAACCGGGCGCGCCCCAUCACAAUCGAGAGUUCUACGCUUGAGGCGGCCAAGCCUAAGGAGCCUGGCUUUGACACCGCCGAGUUUUGCCCCACGAUACUACGCCGAGAAAGACGAUGUCCUUCGACCGAAUUAAAUGCUGCUGCUGCUGCUGUUACUGCUGCCGCAGCCUCACGCGCCGCGAGGGAACAGCCUCGUCAGAGACACGGGGGGGUGGUGGUGUUCUCCAGUCAUGGGGAAGCGUCAGCGCACAACCUCUUUUUCCGUCAUCCUUCGAUCAAGCAUGCCGCCACUUAUUCUUUCUCUGUCCGCCCCCUUUCUUCUUCGCUAACUCUAGCCAGCCCGUAAUUGGAACCGAUUCGAUAACCCGGUGUCGUCUACCCCCGACAUCUCUCCGAUGAUCGCUGCUCUCCGGGGUAAACCCUGCAACGAGCUGGCCGCCCAGCCAGGCACCUCGAGCCGAACUUUGUCGCGAAUUCAACGGCGGUCCGCUUCUGGAAGUGUCCUGGCUCGCAAACGGGUCGCUGGCCAGAGGGAAGCCAGCUGAAACGAAGCAAGCUCGUCGUGCCGUCAGUGCCGGGUCGCGACCGUAUUCCAACCGUAUUCCAACCGUAUUCCAACCGUAUUCCAACCGUAUUCCAACCGUAUUCCAACCGUAUUCC